CAAGUGGCUAAAUCGUACGAAUUCGUACGAGCUGGGUCGUACGAAUUCGUACGAUUUGUUCCUUGCAUUUAAAACAACCUCGUCAAGGCGAAUUCGUACUAAUUCGCACGAUUUAAUUACGUGGUUAAAUCGUACUGUAUAGUACGAUUUCUUGUUCGCGUUGAAUAACUCUCGAUUGGAAAGCAUCGCGAUAUUAAACAGCAGUUACACGUGCCACAUCUCGUUACUUCAGAUCCUACACUAAUCCUUCAUAUAGACUUCCUUCGACAUAUCAACCCAACGGCUCUUUUAAGAGCCAUCUCUUUCAAAAGCGCUCUCUCUCUCUCUCUCUCUCUCUCUCUCACUCACUCACACAUACAUACACAGCAACUCUUUCCCCCUCCAUCCCUCUUCUCUUCCUCCCUCCAUCCUUCUUCUCUUCCUCCCUCCCUCCAUCCAUCCCUCUUCUCUUCCUUUGUGUCUCUGUCUUUUGACUUUUCUUUGAUUAUUUCUCUUUCUCAUCUUCAAUAUGGCAUCUUGUCAAAACUCAGGUUUUGACCAAUUAUGUCAGGAAGCUGCAAUUAUUACAAGGGAACUUGAACUCAAAGCUGCCAGUGCUGCACUUGAAGCAGCUACCAAGGAGGCUGAAGAAAUUCUACAAACCUUCAACCCUCCACCACUGAAAAAGAAGACCAAACAAGCCUGUAGCACUCGUGUCAGACCAGUCUCUUUUGUAGAGAGGGAUGAGUUUGGGCAUCUUGUGCCAAAACGGAGAAGGCCAAAACUCACCAAGGCAAACAUUUCCAAAUCUACAACGAUUAACAGUCCAGCUAUGUCAUCUUUGGAGUCUGGGCAAGUAGAGAUUGAUCAUGGUGAAGUUCCAUCACAGCCUUCUCACACUGUUUGGCCAGCAGUUGAAGAUAUAGAAACUCUUCAUCAAGAGGUAGAGGAUCUGUUGGCUGAUACUGGAGACAUUCAGUGCUCAAAUCCGACCUCCUCAAACACAUGGUCAGUUCGCAUGGCCCAGGCUAAAAAGAAGUGGGCAGCUUUGAGGCCCGAGAUGGUGGAAUCUUUAUUAACAGCUGAGUACACGGAUAUCAGACAGUGCCAGCACUGCCAACUGAAGCGAUCUGUUAUCCGCUGUAAAGACUGUGUUCCUAAACAGCUGUACUGUGCAGACUGCGAUAUAUUGGCCCAUGAAAGGAAACUGCACAACCGAGAGACAGAUGUAGAGGGAUUCUUUCGGGCCAUAUCCCCGUCUACUUUGGUGAAGGUGGAUAUUGACAACCAAUUCCAUUUUGAGGAAAAAGAUUGUCUUUUGCCUCUAGAGACACCUGAUCAAAUUUGCAGCUGUGCCACUGAUACCAUUGUGGUGUCAGGAGGUAAAAAGGCUAUUCUCAUUGGAAUUGAUGGUCGCUACAACGUCAGCUUGCCAACCUUCACAUGCUCAACAUGCCAUAUGAGCAGAACGACCAGCAUCCCACACCUGAUCAAGUCUGGUUACUGGCCUGCCACAGCAAGCUGUGAAACACUUUAUAAAAUUGAUGUGUUUGUGUCAUACGACCACAUGAAAUUGACUGCUCCUGGACUUUCUAGACAGUCCUUCGUCAGUUUAUUGGAACAGCGGACGGAGUUCUUUGGCCGAGAUGGAAAGAUCUGCACAGAUGCUUUUCAAAGAAGUUUUUUCGAAUGGAGAUACUGCCAGUUCCAAAUUGAUCAGCUCUGUGGACUGAAAGUGUUUGAGUGUCCAGCCUGUUCUCCAUUUAUGCUUGCUGUGUCAGUCGAUGGUAACAGGAAAUUGUAUCGCUUCAAAAGAGGGGCUGAAGAUCAUGGUCUGUUCAAGGGUGUCUUUGUCUGUGAGGAUGAAGAUGUUUCCAAGUUCGUGGACUACAUUAAUAAGAAGACAAAGCACUCCGCUGGAAAAGGUGUCUGUGGAUCGAGUCAGUGGACUGCAGCACGGGAGUCCAUCCCAAAGAAAAUCAACAAGCUGGAUGAGGAGGGGAUGGAGGUGGCUGUCUGUCGGCAUGGUGUGCUGCUGAGAAGUCUGAACAUGAUGAGGGGGGAAAUAUUUGCAUAUCCGUUGUUUCUCCAAAAGGAGCUGACGCCAAGGAAUGUUCAGUUCAUGUGCACUGACGUAAUAUGCAAGUACUGGCCAUACCUGCAGAGAGUUGUUAAUGAUUGUCCAGAGCUUUCUCCUCUCCUGCACAUGAAGCCAUUCCUGUCAGUGAUGCAUGCAAAGGCCCACUCUUGGAAAUGUGAGAUUAAGUGGGGUGGCCGAAACCAAGAAGGAGCAGGCACCACCUUGGGUGAAGAGGUGGAACAAGUAAACAGCUUCUUGUCGAGAACUGCUAUAUGCAGUAAAUACAUGACCAAAGGAGCUAGGACAGACAUGAUUACUAUCCAGGCCAUGGCAUGGAAUCAACGCAAAAUUGACAACCUUGCAAACGUGCUGUCCCGAAGAUUAAUAAAGACAAAAGCACAAAUUCAGGAGGAGUCCCUAAAUCUUGAUGCACUAAAGACAGAGUUUGCAGUAACAGAUGACACACUUAAAGACUGGACCAGUGAAAUCCAGCAGUGGGCUGAUACAGCAACAAGUAAGGAGAAUGCAAGCAGUCAACAGGGACUCCAGAAGACAAUUGAGACUCUUUAUGUGAGCAUCAGGCAGAGGAAGCGAGAUCUUUACCGUCAAACAGAUGGAAACAAAAGAAGACACAAACUCCGUAGAAAAAUUUUGGAGGAAAAGGCCAAAUUUAGUGCAGCUGUGGAUGAGUACAACAGGGAAGCACCUGAAAAGCUGCAGUCAGCCGACUCAAUUCUGGCAUGUGAGAGCUAUGCAUGGCCAUGGGUACUGGAUGAGCGUGAUAAUCUUGUCACCAAAAAAAGGGCCUUUGACCAACUGAUGCUGCUAAAGCGCCUUACCGAAGAGGAGUGCAUUGUCCUGAAUGAAAUCAGGAAUCACUGGAAAAGCCUCAAAAGGGAUCUGUCUCUUCUAAAUGACCUUUCAUGUCAUGUUGCUGUUGAAUCUCUCUCUCUCUCUCACUCACUCACACAUACAUACACAGCAACUCUUUCCCCCUCCAUCCCUCUUCUCUUCCUCCCUCCAUCCUUCUUCUCUUCCUCCCUCCCUCCAUCCAUCCCUCUUCUCUUCCUUUGUUUUGACCAAUUAUGUCAGGAAGCUGCAAUUAUUACAAGGGAACUUGAACUCAAAGCUGCCAGUGCUGCACUUGAAGCAGCUACCAAGGAGGCUGAAGAAAUUCUACAAACCUUCAACCCUCCACCACUGAAAAAGAAGACCAAACAAGCCUGUAGCACUCGUGUCAGACCAGUCUCUUUUGUAGAGAGGGAUGAGUUUGGGCAUCUUGUGCCAAAACGGAGAAGGCCAAAACUCACCAAGGCAAACAUUUCCAAAUCUACAACGAUUAACAGUCCAGCUAUGUCAUCUUUGGAGUCUGGGCAAGUAGACAUUGAUCAUGGUGAAGUUCCAUCACAGCCUUCUCACACUGUUUGGCCAGCAGUUGAAGAUAUAGAAACUCUUCAUCAAGAGGUAGAGGAUCUGUUGGCUGAUACUGGAGACAUUCAGUGCUCAAAUCCGACCUCCUCAAACACAUGGUCAGUUCGCAUGGCCCAGGCUAAAAAGAAGUGGGCAGCUUUGAGGCCCGAGAUGGUGGAAUCUUUAUUAACAGCUGAGUACACGGAUAUCAGACAGUGCCAGCACUGCCAACUGAAGCGAUCUGUUAUCCGCUGUAAAGACUGUGUUCCUAAACAGCUGUACUGUGCAGACUGCGAUAUAUUGGCCCAUGAAAGGAAACUGCACAACCGAGAGACAGAUGUAGAGGGAUUCUUUCGGGCCAUAUCCCCGUCUACUUUGCUGUGCGCCACUGAUACCAUUGUGGUGUCAGGAGGUAAAAAGGCUAUUCUCAUUGGAAUUGAUGGUCGCUACAACGUCAGCUUGCCAACCUUCACAUGCUCAACAUGCCAUAUGAGCAGAACGACCAGCAUCCCACACCUGAUCAAGUCUGGUUACUGGCCUGCCACAGCAAGCUGUGAAACACUUUAUAAAAUUGAUGUGUUUGUGUCAUACGACCACAUGAAAUUGACUGCUCCUGGACUUUCUAGACAGUCCUUCGUCAGUUUAUUGGAACAGCGGACGGAGUUCUUUGGCCGAGAUGGAAAGAUCUGCACAGAUGCUUUUCAAAGAAGUUUUUUCGAAUGGAGAUACUGCCAGUUCCAAAUUGAUCAGCUCUGUGGACUGAAAGUGUUUGAGUGUCCAGCCUGUUCUCCAUUUAUGCUUGCUGUGUCAGUCGAUGGUAACAGGAAAUUGUAUCGCUUCAAAAGAGGGGCUGAAGAUCAUGGUCUGUUCAAGGGUGUCUUUGUCUGUGAGGAUGAAGAUGUUUCCAAGUUCGUGGACUACAUUAAUAAGAAGACAAAGCACUCCGCUGGAAAAGGUGUCUGUGGAUCGAGUCAGUGGACUGCAGCACGGGAGUCCAUCCCAAAGAAAAUCAACAAGCUGGAUGAGGAGGGGAUGGAGGUGGCUGUCUGUCGGCAUGGUGUGCUGCUGAGAAGUCUGAACAUGAUGAGGGGGGAAAUAUUUGCAUAUCCGUUGUUUCUCCAAAAGGAGCUGACGCCAAGGAAUGUUCAGUUCAUGUGCACUGACGUAAUAUGCAAGUACUGGCCAUACCUGCAGAGAGUUGUUAAUGAUUGUCCAGAGCUUUCUCCUCUCCUGCACAUGAAGCCAUUCCUGUCAGUGAUGCAUGCAAAGGCCCACUCUUGGAAAUGUGAGAUUAAGUGGGGUGGCCGAAACCAAGAAGGAGCAGGCACCACCUUGGGUGAAGAGGUGGAACAAGUAAACAGCUUCUUGUCGAGAACUGCUAUAUGCAGUAAAUACAUGACCAAAGGAGCUAGGACAGACAUGAUUACUAUCCAGGCCAUGGCAUGGAAUCAACGCAAAAUUGACAACCUUGCAAACGUGCUGUCCCGAAGAUUAAUAAAGACAAAAGCACAAAUUCAGGAGGAGUCCCUAAAUCUUGAUGCACUAAAGACAGAGUUUGCAGUAACAGAUGACACACUUAAAGACUGGACCAGUGAAAUCCAGCAGUGGGCUGAUACAGCAACAAGUAAGGAGAAUGCAAGCAGUCAACAGGGACUCCAGAAGACAAUUGAGACUCUUUAUGUGAGCAUCAGGCAGAGGAAGCGAGAUCUUUACCGUCAAACAGAUGGAAACAAAAGAAGACACAAACUCCGUAGAAAAAUUUUGGAGGAAAAGGCCAAAUUUAGUGCAGCUGUGGAUGAGUACAACAGGGAAGCACCUGAAAAGCUGCAGUCAGCCGACUCAAUUCUGGCAUGUGAGAGCUAUGCAUGGCCAUGGGUACUGGAUGAGCGUGAUAAUCUUGUCACCAAAAAAAGGGCCUUUGACCAACUGAUGCUGCUAAAGCGCCUUACCGAAGAGGAGUGCAUUGUCCUGAAUGAAAUCAGGAAUCACUGGAAAAGCCUCAAAAGGGAUCUGUCUCUUCUAAAUGACCUUUCAUGUCAUGUUGCUGUUGAUAUAACAAAGAAGAAACAGGACUCUGACCUUUCCAAAAGUGGAAUUCUGGGACUUCACGCUCUACUACAGAAAAAACUAUGCUACCUAAAAAGUCACAUAUCCUCGGUUCGGCAGCUGUACGGUAGUGUCCUAGACAAUUGUGAGGUGUGUGAGGAACUGCAAGAUGAUGAUUACCUUAACAUGGAUGAGGAUUAUAUCCAGUAUGGUUCAGAGGAUGAGGAGGAGGAUGAAGACGAAGUUUCAUUUGAAAUUUAAAAACCUUGUAAAUCAUUACUGUGAAAAAACUGAGUAACAUACACUAAUUUAUGAUACUCAUUUAAUUUCCAUUAAAUCUUAACUGUCUAUAUUACUUGAUAAAACACUGACAAGGUGUUGUGCAAAUGUGUAAUCCUACUGUUAAAUUCUUGUUUUUAUAUUAAAUUUCAUAAUUUACAUGGUAAAAAUUGCACUGUAAAAUAUUACUUGCAUUCACUAUUAUUUAUUGUUAAAUAGCUUCUUGAUGUAACCUGUAAUAUUCAUGACUAUAUGUACAAUGUUUUACCAAAAUGUACCAAAUUCAUGACAAAUUCACAGAGAAGCUCCCAACCAGUUUUGUUGUUUACAGUAUGAGUGUGCUGCAGAUUUGUCCAAUAAAUGUGCUAAACUGCUUUGCUCUAGAGCUGAUAUAACUAAAAUGCCUACCCAGGUCCUUUUUCAUCCUUGCCCUAAUAGACUGAUUGACAACUGGUUUAUUUGAUUUUUAGCCCAUUUCAGGUGAGUACUGUUGGAUUUGUGUGUAAUGAUUCAAAUUCAGGAUCUUAUUUCAGGCUUAAGACUGUUUUCAGAAGCUUACAUGUGCCACAUUUUUUUAAAAGCCUAAAAACAGCUCAAACAUGCAUUUUAGUCCAGGACUAUCUUAAGCCUUGUCUGUGAAACUGGGGGUAAAUGUUUAUGUAUUUAAUAUGUGUAAUUAAUUAAUAUAUUUAAUUAAUAUUACUUAACCCCAUGGUGUAUGCAAUGGAUGGAAACCAUUUGGCCCUUGCUUAGAAGAGCCUAACUUAAAGCCUAUUUCUACAUCAGGUUAACCACACAAAGGAAUCUAUCGUUUAAAAAUGCUAGUUUACGUUUAAUGGGAAAUUAUAAAUGUAUAAAACAUAACCAAAUAAAUGUUUAUAGGAAUCUUGCAUUCAUCUCAUUAAUAAAUUCGCCAUAUAAAA